GCAACAAACAGCCGAUGAUCACAACAUCCACUGGUAUGGGUGGAUCAGCCGCCGGGGGCGGUGGAGGACGACCUGGUGGGGUCAUCCGUGUUUACAGUGACGCCAAAACGGACAGUGUCACACCGGGAACAUUUAUACCAUACUGUUCUAUGGCUCAAGCUCAGUUGUCUUUCCAUGGCCACAAGGAUGCAGUCAAGUUCUUUGUCUCUGUGCCAGCUCCUCUGAAUCAUUUUGGAGAACCGACAAUUUCCGAGUUGUUUCUUGAAGAAGCACGAAGACGAAAGUCCCCGUUAUUUGAGGAAG